GGCGCAGUAAAGGACAGCCGAGGUGCGAGGGUUGGUGUUGCCCUUACCCCUCGAAAUCUACCCUCGCCAGCACUGGCUACUAUGCGAAUUGCACACUGUUUUCCAGCCCUCAUUGCGGUGCUUGGCUUAGCCGCCGUUGUUCUUCAAGUCAGCUGUUACGAACACUUUAACGACACCCUGCACGGUUCCCGUUUUAGGCCGAAUUCUCGCAAGCGACAUUUCCACGAGGGCAGAUACGAGGCCUAUUACGAUCACAGCAUUCCACUGAGUUCCCCAGGGAUGUAUCGCGGCCCCCGCGAUAACCAGGCGCUUCUAAGGUUCGAGACCCACAACCACACUAGGGACGUAGUGGAUUGCUGCCCCACUGUACUGGAAAUGGUGGAGCCCUACGCAGGCAAGAACCAAGACGGGAUCUUGGUCGACUUGUACAGGGACGAAAAUUAUAAGCAGAGGUUCUACGAGCUAUCCUGCCACAAGGACAUACUGAACAAACCGUGCCGGUUCAUGGACAGGAAGCUGCACAACCAGUCGAGGUGCGUGCAGCAGCACAGCUACACCUACGCCCUGGUGAAGGACAAGCCCAGCAACCGGAACAGGAACUUCCCCACGUUCCCGGCGCACGGCUCGGACGACGCGACCUACACCCUGGACUACAUCAGCGUGCGGAGCGGCUGCAGCUGCGUCGUGACGCCCAACAAGAAGAAGCGCAACAAGGUCAAGCACAAAAGGAAAAACGACGACGAGCGAUGA